UAUUGAAUUGAGAAAUGAAAACGCCAGCAAAUAAAGGAGUCAGAGAUUGAAAGGCCCCGUGAAACAAAGGUUAAAAUCAAACAUUGAGAGGGAAGCAGAGAGACAAGGAAGAAAAUCUCCCAAUAUAAUCUAAUCUAAUGUCUUGCCUUAUCGCUAGGUCUUCUAUAGUGAGCGUCAUAUCUUAGGCUUUCCACCAUUUUCAACUACUUUUUUCUAGCAACAAAGAACACUAGACUCUUCUUCAGCCACAUCUCCACCCCCAGAAUCGGUGCUGCCGCCGGUUCGACCGGCCACGCUAUCCGGCCAACUCCACCCCCCUUCAUCUUGAUCCUUCUCCUUUCUCCAUAUGCCAAGGGAAACUCUUUGACGGUUAUAGCAUGCCCUUAUUCUUGCCCCUAUCUCAACCUCCAUAAUUCCAUGCUUUAAUUGCACAUAAAUAUUAUUUCCCAUUUACCUUGAACAAGACCUGCAGGCCAUGCUUAGGAACUUAGGGUUUCAACUUCUUCCUUUCAUCGUUUCUAUUUUAGUUUGAUUUGCUUAGGGUUUUCGGUGCUUAAAUCUUAAUUAGCUGAAACAAUUAGUUGGAAGUCUUUGAAUUGGAAAUGGAGGAAUACAAUAACAGUGAUGAAAUGGAUCAUGAGAGUCAAGGCACUCCUAGAGGAAAUUUCCUCUACGCUUCUCCAACUCUUGGAGGUAACUAUGGUAGAGCUGCUGCUGCAAGUGAUCAUAAUCAGCAGAACAACACCUUUCAUCUUCAAUCCAGCGGCGGUGAGUGUUUUCCGUCAACACAGUCAACCGUGAAAACCGAAGCAGCCGGAAGUACUUCCCAGCAUGCUCGUCACAAAUUUCAUCAUCCUCAGUUUCCUCCCCCUUCAUUAGUAUUGUCAAGAGGUCACAAUGAUCAGCAGCUUCCGGUUCAGCAGCAAAACGAGAAUGAAGUGGAGGCCAUUAAAGCUAAGAUCAUCGCCCACCCUCACUACUCUAACCUCUUGCAAGCUUACAUGGAUUGCCAAAGGGUGGGAGCUCCAUCUGAAGUUGUGGCUCGUCUCUCAGCUGCGCGCCAAGAGUUUGUAGCACGACAGCGAUCUUCAGUCAGUUCGAGAGAUGCUUCUUCAAAAGACCCAGAACUCGAUCAGUUCAUGGAAGCUUAUUAUGAUAUGCUGGUUAAGUAUCGGGAGGAACUAACAAGGCCCAUACAAGAAGCAAUGGAUUUCAUGAAGAAGAUCGAAACUCAACUUAACAUGCUUGGCAAUAACAGCACCGCUACUCCUCUGCGCAUCUUCUCGGCCUCUGCACUAGACCCUCUUAAUACUUGGUUGUCAUGGGCUGUUGUAGCCGGAGUGGUGCCUGCUGGCCUCUCCCAUUAUAAAAUUCAUCCUCUACUGGUUUUCACUAGGAGGCAGAAAGUGAGGAACUUAGAUGAGAAGCACAGCACAUAUGACAAGUGUGACGGAAAUGGUUCAUCUGAAGAGGACCAGGACAACAACAGCGGUGGAGAAACAGAAGUAGCCGAGAUUGAUCCGAGAGCUGAAGACAGAGAGCUUAAAAACCACCUGUUGAGAAAGUACAGUGGUUACUUGAGUAGCCUCAAGCAAGAACUAUCCAAAAAAAAGAAGAAAGGCAAAUUGCCCAAAGACGCCAGACAGAAGCUUCUCAGCUGGUGGGAGUUGCAUUACAAGUGGCCAUAUCCUUCGGAGUCGGAGAAGGUGGCAUUGGCAGAGUCGACAGGUUUGGAUCAGAAGCAGAUAAACAACUGGUUCAUAAAUCAAAGGAAGAGGCACUGGAAACCAUCGGAGGACAUGCAGUUCAUGGUGAUGGAUGGCUUGCAUCCACAGAAUGCAGCAGCCCUCUAUAUGGAUGGCCACUACAUCGGCGAUGGUCAUUACCGGCUCGGUCCCUAAUCAUCAUAUUAAGCAAUAUUCAUGUUAAUUUGGACUCCGUGUUCCUGCCGGAUUAUGUGACUGCUCAAGCAGAACAUGAAAUUAAUCAAGUUGGGCACCUUAUAUAGUUUUGUAUCAGAAAACCGAAGCAAACUGCAAAGUCUGCUAGUCAUAGUUUGUGAUUGCUAUCUCUACAGUUGGGUGGGUAAUGUUCUUCGUACAUUGUCAAUCUGAUACGAUAUGUAUAUUUUUCUUUGAUCAUUACAGUCAGUGUUUGAAGUUCAGCAUG